GCGUAACACACAAGUUGGAACACGCGCUCCUUCAAGCCGUCAAGAGGGAAGCUCCGACUGCUGUGGCGUAGGGGGAGUAGAGCUGUCAAUGGUUUUCGGAGCACAAACAAAACACAGCCGGGGACACUGCGCUCCUCCGAGAGGCCGCGACGUAUCGUUCGUGACUAGCGAAGCGUGCCCUCAACGCAUUUUAAUUUAAUUUUAUUCUAUUCAUUUCUGCCACUCUUCGCCGAAGAGGAGAGUCUGUUUAGCGGAGUUGACAGCUAUCGUUUCUUGGGCUCGGCUAAUGUUUUCAUUACCUGCGCUGUUUUGACCACUAAAUGGCUGGAAACCUCUGAAGCUAGCAGACGCUUUCCCGCUGUGAGAUACUCUUCUUUGUAUUCCUCGGCUAUUUUUUAUUUAUAUUAUUUUAUUUUAUUUUAUUUUUUGCUUAACUCGCCGAGAGCGCGGAGCUAUUAAUCAGUCAGUAGCAGCUCAGCAUGGAUUCUUGAACUGUUGCUUCCUCUGAGUUUCAUAUGCCUCGUUGGUUUUGUUUCUAUUUGUAGUCGAGUAUUCAGAAAUAAUGUCAGACAACCAAAGUUGGAACUCCUCCGGCUCGGAGGAGGAUAUAGAGCCCAGAGAGGACUACGGGCACACUGUUGGCGUCGUCGAGUUCAGCGGAGUACUCAGUAAGUGGACAAACUACAUCCAUGGCUGGCAGGAUCGCUGGGUUGUGCUGAAAAACAACACGCUGAGCUACUACAAGUCUCAGGAUGAGACGGAGUAUGGCUGCCGGGGUUCCCUCUGCCUGAGCAAAGCUGUGAUUACCCCACAUGAGUUUGAUGAGUGCCGGCUGGACAUCAGCGUGAACGACAGCGUGUGGUACCUGCGAGCGCAAGACCCCGAGCGCCGAAACAAGUGGAUCGAGUUCAUCGAGCUACACAGGGCAGAUUCUGGGUAUGGCUCAGAGUCCAGUUUGCGAAGACACGGCUCCAUGCUUUCGCUCACGUCAGCCACUAGUGGCUAUUCUGCCACCUCCACGUCCUCCUUCAAGAAGGGUCACAGUCUACUAGAGAAGCUGGCCGAGAUGGAGACGUUCAGAGACAUCUUGUGCAGGCAGGUGGACACGCUGCAGAAGUACUUUGAUAGCUGUGCCGAUGUGUCCAAGGACGAGCUGCAGAGAGACAAAAUUGUGGAGGACGAUGAAGACGACUUCCCAAACACCCGCACCGACGGAGAGUUUCUGCACAACAACAGUAGCAAAGAAAAAUUGUUUCAGUCCUUGAAUCCAAAGGGAAUCAAUGGAAUAGACUUUAAGGGCGAGGCCAUCACGUUCAAGGCCACCACGGCUGGAAUCUUAGCCACUCUGUCCCACUGUAUCGACCUGAUGGUAAAGAGAGAGGACAGCUGGCAGAAGAGACUGGACAAGGAAAUGGAAAAGAGAAGAAGAAUAGAGGAAAGCUAUAAAUCGGCCCUUAAUGAGCUGAAGAAGAAGUCUCACUUUGGAGGUCCAGAUUAUGAGGAAGGACCAAACAGUUUAAUCAAUGAGGAUGAAUUUUUUGAUGCGGUGGAAGCUGCUCUUGACAGGCAGGACAAAAUUGAAGAACAGUCUCAGGCAGAGAAGACGAGGAUAGACCGAUCCAGCCCACCUCCCCCUGAAGACCUUUACUCCACCUCCGGCUCGCACCGGUUCUCCGAUAAGGUGGAGGAGAUGGUGCAGAAUCACAUGACCUACUCGCUGCAGGAUGUCGGUGGAGACGCCAACUGGCAAGUGGUCGUAGAAGAGGGAGAGAUGAAGGUUUACAGGAGAGAAGUGGAGGAAAACGGGAUUGUGUUGGACCCUUUGAAGGCCACCCACUCUGUGAAGGGAGUCACAGGUCAUGAAGUCUGCCACUACUUUUGGGACACGAUGUACCGCAACGACUGGGAAACUACUAUUGAAAACUUCAAUGUGGUGGAGAGACUUUCAGACAAUGCAGCAAUAAUCUACCAAACACACAAGCGGGUGUGGCCUGCAACCCAGAGGGACGUGCUGUACCUUUCUGCCAUGAGGAAGAUUUUGGCCAACAACGAGAACGACCCCGACACCUGGCUGGUGUGCAACUUCUCCGUGGAUCACGACGAGGCUCAGUCGAGCAGCAGAUGUGUGCGUGCCAAAAUCAACAUCGCUAUGAUCUGUCAGACCCUGGUCAGUCCACCAGAGGGAGACAAAGAGAUCAGCAGGGACAACAUCCUGUGUAAAAUCACCUAUGUUGCCAAUNNNAAUCCAGGGGGCUGGGCUCCGGCCUCCGUACUCAGGGCCGUAGCUAAGAGGGAAUACCCCAAGUUCCUCAAGCGCUUCACUUCCUAUGUGCAAGAAAAAACCAGCAGCAAGCCCAUCUUAUUCUGAGACAUGCAGGAUCGACAAAUGAGGUCAGAUCUACUCCAGAAGGACUCUAUUUCCAAACGGCAUCCCUCCAAGAAAAGAGACGGUCUUUUUCUGUUUUUUGUCCUGGUUUGUAGCUAAAACGUAGAGCGGGUGCAUGAUAGACAGCUAGAUCAUAAGGCUCAAGAGAAGAACACCACUAGUCUGUGGAAAAAAAAAAAAAAAGAUUGUUUAUAAAUUGACUGGACAAGACAUGAUUACUAUUAUUUAAUAACGACACUGAGAAGACUCUCCACCCAUCAGAGUGAAGGGAAACGCUCUGCAGCUGCUUCCCCUGAUGUACCUAAAUGUUUGGAAACUCUGGAAAGAAGUUUAUAAGACAAACAAAACAAAAAUCUUAGUUUUUAGACUGAAAUAAGUAGCUAUUUUUGUGUGGAUAAUGUCAUAUUUUGAGUCGAUUAUUAUUAUCAUUUUCCCCACAUCUCCACCUGUGUAAUCUCCAGAGGGCUUCCCGUUAGCGUGCGAGCCCGAUGAUAGAAGCUGUACGUUUCUCUAAUGAAACCACCCGACAUGCCGGUGUUUGAAGGAGGAACGAGAGAUUCUCACGACGCCUGUACAUUUACCAAGUGUGAAUAACACCGUUCCAGUUGCGCUUUCAUUCUUCGCGACCACGCUUUGCUACGAAUGUAAAUAGUUGUCCUGGCUUCCCCCGACAGUUUGCAAAGCUUUGAUUCGAGCCCAGAUGCCUUAGUGUCGCAGGAAGACGUAGAAGGUUGCUGAUGGAGAAAGUGCCUCUCGGGUGCGUUUGUUUUAUUCGACUCAAAUCUGGUCUUGCUGUGCUUUUGACUGAACAAAUGAACCCGGU